CGUCCUGAGCGCCUGCCGGUCCCACUCGGCCGGGCGUGGAGGAGAGCCGCGUGCAACGAGGACGAUGUACGCCCGGGACUGGCGAGGGCUGCCCCGCAGCCGCCUCCUCCUGCUGGUCGCCCUGCUCGCCUGGGCCGCCGCCGAUGCCCACGAAGAGGACGCGGAGGGGCCCCACUGGGAGGCAGGUCCUCCUCCUGGCCAUGGAAACAGUCACUGGAGCUAUGCAGACAAGGCAGAAUGGGCCUUCGAUUUUCCCCACUGUGGGGGCCACAUGCAGUCCCCCAUCAACAUUGAGACAGGGGCUGCCCUCUUCAGUGCCCAGCUGGAGCCCAUCCUGCUGCCUGACUACAGCCUGCCUCCCAGGGAGAUGCUCCGCCUCCAGAACAAUGGACACACAGUGGUCCUUGACCUGCCCAGGAAUUUGACCAUGACCGGCGGGGGAUUCCCACAGCCAUACCAGGCUGCCCAGCUGCACUUGCACUGGGGGUCUGCCCUGAAGCCCGGCUCUGAGCACACAGUGGAUGGGCACCGCUAUGCCGGGGAGAUUCAUGUGGUUUAUUACAGCUCCCACUUUGACAGCAUCCAGGAGGCGCAGGUUGAGCCAGGAGGCUUGGCUGUGCUGGCUGCAUUUCUGCAGGUUGGGUCAGAGGAAAAUGAGCCAUAUCAGCACAUCCUUGAACAUCUGAAUGACGUCCAUGAAGAAGGAGAAGAAACCUGGAUUCCUGCCUUUGAUGUAGCCAAGCUCCUUCCUGAUGACCUCAGUCGCUACUUCCGCUAUAAUGGCUCACUGACCACUCCACCUUGUUACCAGACGGUGAACUGGACAAUCUUUAACCAGACAAUUCGGCUGUCCCCAGAUCAGAUCUCCAUGCUGGAGGACACCCUUCAUGGAGAUGAGGACGAGCUGAUCCAGGACAACUUCCGCUUGCCUCAGAGUCUGCAGGGCCGGAGUGUCCUGGCCAGCUUCCCGAUGCUCCACAUCCCAGAAAGGGCUCAACCACCUGGUGAGGGGGGAUCUCCAAGGGCCCCGGAUCCUUAUGGUCCUGCAGAGGAAGGCGGGGGCGACAGUGCAGGAUCUGCAGCAGGCGGAGGGCAGCCCCACACCCCAGAUGGUGCCUCAGGGAGAGACUCUGAACCAGCCUCUGGAGAAGGCGCUGACCAGCAGGUGGGCUCCUCCAUUCAGACAGGGGACGUGUUGGCCGCCAUGUUUGCAGCUCUCUUUGGCAUCACUGCUCUCGCCUUCUUCCUCUAUGUCCGGAAGCACCAGGCCCAGAACCGCAGACGGGAUUGUCAGCCCAUCAAGUCCAGCAUCAUCUACACAGCAGCCACCACAGAGGAGAAUGCAGCCUAGAAGGAAGCCCCGGCAGCUUCUCUCCCCCUGCCUCUCCCGACUCCUC